GAGAAAUUCGUUUUUUUCCCCAACUUCCAUCAUCGUAAGGCCUCACUCUACAGCUCUUCUGCAAAAGACUAAUCGAUAAAGAAGGGAAAUUAAAAGGUAUUUACAGUUGAAUUACGUUACAGCUGUUGUUUCUAGUUGAAUGACAGGAAGUUAACUUUCUAUUAACUUCCUGUUAAUACUCUCCCUGCCCUGAGUCAAGUGCGCGGCAGAGAAAGAAACAGCAGCAGAAGAAAAAACAUGUAGAAAACAGGUGAACUACUAACUACUAUUGCUUCAGAUGGGAUUAUUACUCCUAAAGAUGCACAACAACUUUGUGUUGAAAUCUUCAUGACUGGGGGCGCUUUGAAAACGUGAACCACAGGAGCCCCUAUUCCUCGGUGCUGUAAAGAUGUUGAAAGCUUCGACUCAAGCUCAGAAGCAUCUGAGUGAGGAGGACAGCUCUGGAUCGGAUGCUGGGUCAGAGGUCAGUCUGGAACCAGAGACGGACCGGUUUGGCUUCAUUCUGACCAAUGGAUCCACAGCUGGGACUAUCGGGCCAUCCCCUGAGCUCGUCAGGCAGCGGGAGGCCAAAUGGAUCAACAUCAUGAGCCAAUGGGACCGCAUCUUGAUAAAGAAGAGCAACAAGGUCAAGCUGCAGUGCCAGAAAGGAAUCCCUGCCUCGCUACGAGCGAAGUGUUGGCCCCUGCUAUGUGGAGCAACAGACAGAAUGAGACAAAAUAAAGGCCUGUAUGAGUCUCUAGACUCACAGCCAGGUCUGCAAAGCUGGGUGGAUAUAAUUGAGAGGGAUCUAGAUCGACAGUUCCCCUUCCAUGAGAUGUUCCUCUCCAAAGAUGGACACGGGCAGCGGGGCUUGUUCCGGGUGCUGAAAGCAUACACCCAGUUCCAGCCAGACGAAGGUUACUGCCAGGCUCAGGGGCCGGUUGCUGCGGUGCUGCUGAUGAACAUGCCUGCUGAGGAGGCCUUCUGGUGUUUGGUUCAGAUCAGUGAGCAGUACCUGCCUGGAUACUAUAGCCCUCUGCUGGAGGGAGUGCUGUUUGAUGCAUCCAUUCUUUCCUGGGUCCUGAAGAAGACGUGCCCAGCUGCACACAAACAUCUCCAGCAGCACGGGGUGGAGCCCCUCAUGUUUGCCACUGACUGGUUGAUGUGUCUGUUCACACGUCACCUGCCAUUUAACACACUUCUCCGAGUAUGGGACCUCUUCUUCUGCUAUGGUGUGAGGGUGCUGCUCCAGGUGGCGGUGGUGUUGGUGCGUCGUGUCCUGGGUCGGGCUGAGCAGAGGAAGCAGUGCCCAGGCCAGAUGGAGACGCUGGAAAGGCUAAGGGGUGUCAGGGAACACGUUCAGGAGGAGGAGGAGUCAUUCAUAGCAGAGGUUUGUUCAGUGCCGCUCUCAGGUAAAGACCUGGAGAGGCGGACGGAGAAGGAGUUGGAUAGGUGGAGGAAAGACAAACCCUCAUCUACAUUCGACCCUCGGGGUCGCUGCUACGGAUAUCGGAUGGCGUGGGCAAGAGCUCGACAGCGAGAGGAAGAACGGGAGAAGAAGGAAAGACAAACGGGGAAUCUGUCCAUCCCUCUUGCCCGCUCCGCCUCUACUCUUUCUCUGUCUCCUUCCCUUCUUCACAAGAGGUUUAGGAAAGGAGGGAAAGUCAAUGCUAGUGAAUGGGAGAGCGGCAAAAAAGUGGUGAGGCAUCUUUCAAUGGGAGCAAAAGAGGACUGGAAGAGCUGGAGUGAUUUAGAAUUCAAGAAGGUUCAAGGUGUCCAAGAAGAGGAUUUAGCGUCAGACGGACAGAAAACAGAGAACGAGGCGAAGCUGACAGAAGAUCAACAGGAAGAAAACAAAAACUCACCAACAGAGCAGAGAGAAGAAACGAUGAAAGAAGAGAAAAAGGCUGAGCCUUUGGAAGAAAAGCAGAACAGCAAAGAAAAAGGAGAAAUCACAAUCAUUUUAGAAAAUACAGAGGACUGUCAAUCUGUGGAAAACAAAUCCCAAACUGCUGAAGAAUCUUCUCAGUGUGAGGAGAUGGUUGAUCCAAACCAAACACAACCUCUGGAGGAGGACGAUGAGCAGAGCCAUGAGGAGGAAACUGGAGAUAGAGAAAUGAAUCAGAAGGUAGGGAAUGAGGAAAAGCUGCAAAAUACAGAACUAUCAUCUGUUCUGGAAGAACCAGAGAACAAAAAUAAUGAUGAUAGUGGAGAUCCAGAAAUUAUCAAUGAGACAGAGAACCCAGGAAAGCUGCAAAAUACACAACAGUCACAUGUUCUAGAAGAACCAGGGACCAGCAGACAUGAAGAGGAGAGCGCAGACUUAGAAAUAAAUCAGAUAGAAAACCCAGAGAAGCUGGAACAUAAAGAGAAAUCAGCUGUUCUGGAAGAACCGGGAAACAGCAGACAUGAAGAGGAGAGUGCAGACUUAGAAAUAGAUCUGAUAGAGAAGCCAGAAAAGCUGGAAAAUAUAGAGAAAUCAGCUGUUCUGGAAGAACCAGGAAACAGCACACAUGAAGAGGAGAGUGCAGACUUACAAAUAAAUCUGAUAGAGAACCCAGGAAAGCUGGAAAAUACAGAGAGAUCAGCUGUUCUGGAAGAACCAGGAAACAAAAACAAUGAGUAUAAUGGAGAUCCAGGAAUUAGUAAUGCAACAGAGAACCAAGGAAUGCUGCAGAAUAGAGAACAAUCACAUGUUCUGGAAGAACCAAGCAAUGAGCAGGAGAAGGAGACGACAGAGAUGCACGAGGAAGAGGAGAACCCUACAGCUAAUAAUAGAAAUAAGGAGGAGUUGGAGGAACAUCCCACUGAGACUCAGAGUGAAAACAUAGACACAAAAACAGAGACUCAGCUUCAGAUUCUCACAGAGUCAUGGGAGGAGCCGGCCACACAAGCUGACAUGAAACCAGAGGCGGCUACAGAAACUGAAAAUUCCCAACUGCCGCAGCGAGACGCAGUCACAGAGAGAAGUGAGACAAACCUGGACUCGGAAUCGCACCAAGACCUGGAUCCUAAAACUGACACACAACAACAACAAGAAGAAGGAACGAUCACAGAGCACAGCUCUGAAUCACUGGUAGAAACAGAAAAAGUAGAGGCACACACCCACUUAGAGACACAAACUGAUGUCCUGGCAGAGAAUGCAGCUCUGCAGGACGAACUGAAUGAAGAAACAACACAAACAGAGGGAGAAUCACAGACACCACCUGAAAGCCCCAAAGGAGAGGAGGAGAAUGAAAUAAGCAUCUCCGUUAAAGAAGUAGAAGCAGUGAUAAAUGGACAAAUAGAGGAGGCCGCUGUGUCUGGACAUGCAGAGACACAAGGCGAGGAAUGUGUUUCCGAACAAAGAAAUUCAGAGGAAUCAGAAAUACACGUUCAGACAGACGAGGAGGCUGUGGAGUCUUCAUCACCUGCAGAUAAAGAGAUUUUACUCCAGGAUGAGUCCCUUGACCAAAAAGAUAAAUCUGAUCAGAAACAAAUAAGCACCUCUGACAUUGCUACACCUGAACAGUCGGUGCAAGAGGCUGUGGAGGAUGCAGGGAGCAUAGAAAAUGUUCAAGAAAGCAAAGCAGGAGAAGAUGAUGUCUUUGUCUUCCCUGAACCAAAACAAUCUGACAGCAACACAGAAAUCCACCAGGAAACCAAAGAUCCUCCUGAGCUUAGCGACAGCAGCCAGGAGCUAGGCUUUGUACGCCACAGCAGUCGCUCCUCCAGCGAUUUCCGCCUGCGGAAGUCCUCCGUCUCACGUAGCUCGACACGCAGACUCUCAGAGGAUCUCUUCAGCGGUGCAGAGAAAGCGAAGCAAUCCCACUUCAGCGCCAGUCAACCAGAAUCUCAGCCUGAGGAAUCGAAAUCAGAACAAACCGUUCCUCAAGUUGCUGAUGAUGCGGCGGCACAGCAGGCAGACAUCCCCAAGCGCUUCGGACUCUUCCGCAAACUGAAAGGAGAGCAGCCCGAGAAGGCCAAACAGAAGAAGAAGAAGGCCAAAAUGCAGGUACCCAAAAUCCUGAUUCAGGACUUCAGUGACGUGACGCCAGCAGCUGAGCCGGUCCAGGAAGACACGGAGGAGAAACUGAGCUCCAGGGAGAGGAGGCGGCGGCGGAGGGAGCAGGAUAGAAAGGAAAAGGAAGAGGAGAAGUUAAAAAAGAAGAAAGAGAAGGAAAAAGACAGGGAGCGGAGGAAACCCCAGACCAGGGGAAAAAGUUUUCAAGCCCAGAAGGAGAAAGUUUGUGAAGAUGUUGCUCAUCCUGCUAAGGCCGGCUCACAGGUCCAUAGACACUCUGUUUCUUAUGCUGAAUCUUACUUUUAAAACCAGCAUCUGAUUUUAGGUUUUAUUACCUUGCUUCUUUGAUCUCCACCACGCUUUUUACGUCAACCGUUUCAGAUGUAAAUAACUAAUAAAUAUUGUUUAUAUAAUAUGAAAAGCUAAUUUAUUUUCUUUUGUGCAACAGCUUCUCCAACAACCAGGCAGACGGAACGUUUUUAACAAACCAAAUCGCUUCAUGUUCAGCCUCACAUUUUUUAAGUCCAACAUGAGCACCAGAAUCCGCAGAGAAAAAAAGGACUGCUUGUAUAAGCAGGUCCAUGUCAUCGCUAAAUGGUCCAGUAAAAGCAGAAAGUAGGAUCCAAAGCAUCAGUUUCUGUCACUUCGAGUAAUCCUGGUGUGUUGGUGUUAACAGCGCUGUCAGGUUUGCAGAUUUCUCUGUUUCUUUGAUCGUCAUUCUGCUUCAGUUUCAUCUUCGCUGUCGCUGGCCAGCACUUCCUGAGUUGUAACCGGCUGCGUGCUCAUCAGAGGGGACGACGGAAGCACCGAUCCAAAGAACAAGGAACGGAACUACGGGAGAAAAGGAAAAAAGUUAGAAGGCAGAACUUUAUUUUUUAUGGUUACUGACUAUAGGGUAUGCUAAAGGGAUGUUUUAGGUCACAUGCGCAAAAAAGUCUCACAGUAACCAUGUUUUCAUAUGCCUUAAGGAUCAUACAGUAAGAAAAUGUCCCCUCCCCUGCUUGUUGCUGUGUGCCUUGGCUAGUUAGCUGUCAGAGCUACACCAGGAAGUUAAAUGCAGUUCUGUACAGUAAAUGAGGAUAAUUAAUUAUCUUCUGAUUGGAAAUGAUUCAGGAAUAUUCAAAAUUGAAGAAUAGAAAUUUUCUUUAUUUUAAUUUAAACCAUCAAUGUUAGCACCUUUAAGAGCGUUACAGCAAUUAAACCCUUCCUAAAACGACAGAGCACCUUUUUUUUGUUUCCACCUGUGGUUUUUUUAACCAUAGCAGCAAAAAAAUAAAAUAAACGGAACAAAACGUUGCCCAGGUAAAGCUUAGUUCUUCUGUCACAUUGUUAACAUGUCGAUUUAUUGUUCAUUUCUUUCCUCUUUUCUCGACUUAAGUCUUGUAGAUAGUCCUUCCACU